AUGCCCCGCACUGGCGUUUUGCUGCGCCGGCGCUUGCAGCCCGAUGAACUCGUCCUCGUCGACAAGUCCGCCAGGGCCCGCGGUAACGGCGCCGCCGCCGCCACCCGCGCUGUGAAACAGCGACGCGCUGCCCGCGGGGUGGCGCCCAUGCACCAAUCGGCCGUCUGCAGGUGCGUCAAGGGCAUUGGCCAUCCAGCGGGCGCCGCGGAGACUCGCGGCCGGAAGCGGGCCUUGACUCCGAAGGGCGCCGACGAGCUCGACCGAGUCCGGAAGCGCUUGCUGAGGGCAGCCAACAACCAGUACCGGGUCACUUACGCGGACGCGGUCGCGGCGGCGGACAUGCAGGGCCGCGCGCGUCAGCGCGCUUGCGAGGAGGCCCCGCGGAGCAAGGGGGUGCGCUUCAGGCAGCCGCGAAAGAAGAUCUUGUCGACCGAGGAGGACGCCGAGGUCCGCCGCCCGAAGAAGUAUUGGGAGACGGGCGUGCACGCGUGGGUGAACAGCGAGAGCUGGGUCAUGCCGCUCACUCCGAAGCAGCGCGCCAAGCGCAGGCAAACCCUGGUAACUGGACACCUUCGCAAGCCAAGCGAGGGGGCGGAGAAGGGCAUGACGAAGCCUCGGCAGAACCACUCUUUCCUGGGCAUCCCAUCGGCUCUCACCCUCCCGCCGCGGGCCCCCUCGGCGACGCCCCUGGACUUCCCCAUGUGGAAGGCCGUGGAGAGGCGCCUUGUCCAGACGGCGCCCGAGACGAUGGAGACCAAGGGCGCCUUCCUCCAGCGGCUCAAGAGUUGCGCGCAGAAGUUGCCGAAGAACAACGUGGAGAGCGUGAUUGCGCGAAUGCGCCCAAAUAUGCAGGAUAUCGUCGACGCCGACGGCUACGCCCCGAAGAACGACUGA